GAAGCGUGGCAGCGGCGGCUGCGCUCCCCCUCGGCAGCUGUUUUCGGCACCAUGCAAGGCCUCGGGCCAGGCUUGACGGCCAGGUGUCUCCUCCCGCUGCGGUUUCCCCGGCGGCCGCCCGGGCCCCGGCUGGCUAGCGGGCAGGCGACUGGCGCCCUGGAGCGGGCCAUGGACGAGCUGCUGCGCCGCGCGGUGCCGCCGACACCGGCCUACGAGCUGCGCGAGAAAACACCAGCGCCCGCCGAGGGUCAGUGCGCGGACUUCGUGAGCUUCUACGGCGGGCUGGCCGAGACAGCCGAGCGGGCCGAGCUGCUGGGCCGCCUGGCGCGGGGCUUCGGCGUGGACCACGGCCAGGUGGCGGAGCAGAGCGCCGGCGUGCUGCAGCUGCGCCAGCAGCAGCGAGAGGCGGCGGUGCUGCUGCAGGCCGAGGACCGGCUGCGCUACGCGCUGGUGCCGCGCUACCGCGGCCUCUUCCACCACAUCAGCAAGCUGGACGGCGGCGUGCGCUUCCUGGUGCGGCUGCGGGCCGACCUGCUCGAGGCUCAGGCCCUUAAGCUGGUGGAGGGGCCGGACGUCCGGGAGAUGAAUGGUGUGCUGAAAGGAAUGCUCUCAGAAUGGUUUUCUUCCGGGUUCCUGAACCUAGAACGGGUUACCUGGCAUUCACCGUGUGAAGUGCUUCAGAAAAUCAGUGAGGCUGAGGCUGUGCAUCCUGUAAAAAACUGGAUGGACAUGAAGCGCCGCGUUGGGCCCUACAGAAGAUGUUACUUCUUUUCUCACUGUUCGACCCCUGGGGAGCCCCUGGUCGUUUUGCACGUGGCACUGACCGGUGACAUCUCCAGCAACAUCCAGGCAAUUGUGAAGGAAAGUCCUCCAUCAGAAACGGAAGAGAAGAACAGAAUUGCUGCUGCGAUCUUUUAUUCCAUCAGUUUGACCCAGCAGGGACUCCAAGGGGUGGAGCUGGGAACAUUCCUCAUAAAGCGAGUCGUCAAGGAGUUGCAGCGAGAGUUUCCUCACCUUGGAGUGUUUUCGAGUCUGUCACCUAUACCUGGAUUCACCAAAUGGCUUCUGGGGCUUCUGAACUCGCAAGUGAAGGAUCACGGGAGGAAUGAACUCUUCACAGAUUCGGAAUGUAAGGAAAUCUCAGAGAUCACAGGUGGCCCCACUAACGAGACCCUCAAGCUCCUCCUCAGCAGCAGCGAGUGGGUGCACUCGGAGACCCUGGUGCGGGCGCUGCAGACUCCGCUCAUGAGGCUGUGCGCCUGGUACCUGUAUGGAGAGAAGCACCGCGGCUACGCCCUGAACCCCGUGGCCAACUUCCACCUGCAGAACGGGGCGGUGCUGUGGCGCAUCAACUGGAUGGCGGAUGUGAGCCUCAAAGGCAUCACCAGCUCCUGCGGCCUCAUGGCCAACUACCGCUACUUCCUGGAGGAGACGGGCCCCAACAGCACCUCCUACCUCGGCUCCAAGAACAUCAAAGCCUCUGAGCAGGUGCUCAGCCUAGUGGCCCAGUUUCAGAAGAACAGCAAGCUCUGACAAUAAACCUCUCCUAAAGCACAGGGCCCCAGUAAGAAAAUGAUCGUUUUCAGGAGGGGCCGGGAGUUUUGUGUCUGAAGGAGUUUUCCAAGCAAAGCCAAAGUUCACUGUGUUCUUGCCCCACAGCCAGGCCACGCUGUGAGGCCAGACCUCAACUUCCCUUGCCUUGGGCGAGACACGUGCCCAGUGUAAGACGGUUGUGGGUGCAGGUGCACACAGGUAGGUGGGUUGCUGUGCUGGCUCCAGAAGAUUUCUCGUUGCCCUUGACCUGGCUCCCUGCCUGGGGCUGGUGCUGUGGUACUUACAUCUUCAGGAAGCUGUGCAGCCUCUGCCAUUGUCGUCCCAGGGGGAUCCGGCAUCCUCCUAAGGACCAGGGCGAGUGGCCCAGAUACGAGUAGGUGUUCCUUUGCGCUCACAAAACAAUGCGGCGAUGGUUGCUUUAGCCAUUUCUCACCAUGCAAUGCAGAGGGAUAAAGGACUGUGCUACACUUCCCAGUUAAAUUCUAAAGCUCAUAAAUGUAUGAAAAGGUUUGUGACUUUGCACAAGGUGUGUGUAGUAAGUUAAAUCAUGGAACACAAAAAUGUUGCUGCUUGAGGCAUAAGUUGAAUGAUAGGCUUUAAAUGAUCAGGGAUUCAGGUUCAUAAUGAACUUCACAGUAAAGAACAUGUUUGUUCUGUAAAGCAUU